UCCAAAUGGCUGGGACUGUGUAUUUGGUACAUAUAGGAAGAUAAAUAUCAUAUCCAAGAGCCGGGAGUCUGAAGCUGAUUGGAUGGUGAACCGCUACCUUAAGUUUCGCACGAUCAUCAAGUCCGGUGCGAAUCCUUUGAAACUUGGUUUCACCGCGCAGCGGACCUAAACCGCAUCCGCGUGUCUACCGUCCACACGAACGAGCGAAAGGAGGCGCAGCCGGUCGGAGGAGGAGAGGGGUGGCGGCGAAAUGGAGGAAGAGAGGGUGAAGGAGGAAGCUCUCCAGAUCAUCGGCGUGUUCCAAGCCCUUCCCCGAUUGGUCGUCUUCGAUCUCGAUUACACCCUUUGGCCUUUCUACUGUGAAUGCCGCUCGAAAAGGGAAAUGCCGUGUCUUUAUCCACAUGCUAUGGGCAUAUUGAAAGCACUUAAGGAUAAAGGAAUAAACAUAGCAAUUGCUUCUCGAUCACCAACACCUGAUAUAGCGAAAACAUUUCUUGAUAAAUUGGGCAUUCAAUCUAUGUUUGUGGCCCAGGAAAUAUUUUCUAGUUGGACUCACAAGACAGAGCAUUUUCAGAGGAUCCAUAGGAGGACUGGUGUUACUUUUAAGUCCAUGCUCUUCUUUGAUGACGAGGGCAGGAAUAUUGAAGCGGUAUCAAAGAUGGGAGUGACAAGUAUUUUGGUGGAUAAUGGGGUAAACCUUGAGAAAUUGAGGUCAGGACUCAGAAAAUUUGCACUUGCUUCUGUAUCAUGCAACAGGAAGCAAGUGGAGUAAUCUGUUUUAGUCAAAGAUAGUUUCAGGUGCAGAAUUAUCAUUUGCUACAUGAACUUUCAUGCUACAAUCCAUGAUGUCAGCCUGCUUUAUAAGCAAGUACUGAAGUUCUAUUUUCAUUAUAUGUUUCAAGAACAUGUUGAAUUUCAAAUCAUACAUUUACAUGAACUGAUUCAAGUUAUAUAAUGAUGGCCCUGCAAAUCUCAUGUA